AGCUUUGUUUGUUUGGCCCAAUCGAAGCCUCGUGUCGCCGCGGAGUCCAUCCACAGCCCCCUCAGCAGCCAUCCCCGCCCGCACACCCACCACCGCCGGCGGCGAGAUGAGGCCCGCGGCGGCAGCGGCCGCGUCCGUGCUGCAAGCGCCACGGCGAGCGCUCGGAGGGGCGUCGUUCGUCGCCGCGCGCUGUGGCUCCUCCUCCUCCUCUUCGGUCGCCGCCGCCGCCGCCACCGCGUACGAUCAUGUGUCGUUCGUCAAGGAAAUCGCUGUCACCGAUCCCCCGGAGCAUCUUAACUCUUUGUUGAAUGUGCUUCAGGCACGAGGUGAAAAGAUAGUUUCUCCUGGAGCUAAGAGAGGGCUCAUUCCACUUGUUGUUCCCCUGUCAGAAAGCCCGCAAGGUAACUUGACAUCCCUACUGAGAUGGCCAACUGCUCCAAGUGGGAUGGAGAUGCCUGUAGUGGAAGUGCGUAACCAUGGGCUAUGGCUUUUGGCUAAAAACGUCAACCAAUAUAUUCAUAGAAUACUUGUCGAGGCUGAUAGCAGGGCUGAUAGUGGUGAUGAUUUAUGGUCUGCUGUUCGAGAAGAUUUAUGGUCUGCUGUAGGGGAAGCUGGUGCAAACAUUUACAAAAGAGGUGAUUUCAAAGAAUCGCAGAUGGCAGAUCUUGAUGUCUAUUUGUUGAAGAAGGUUGGACUCUUUCCGGAUAUUCUAGAAAGGAAAGCAUCACGCCACCUAGAAAAAGGAGAUCAUGUUUCCGCUCUUAUUACUGGAGAAUUCUAUACUAGAGAUCAAUUUCCUGGAUUUGGAAGACCCUUUGUGUUCAACUCAGAAGUUCAGAAAAGAGUUGGACGUACAUCUGAGGCCAAAGAGUCAGCUCGAGUGGCUCUGAAGUCACCAUGGUGGACACUGGGCUGUAGAUAUGAAGAGGCAGCUGAAUUAGCUGGGUGGGAGGAUGAGCAGAUCGAGUUCAUAAGAGAGAAGGUAUCCGAGGAGGGCAAACAAGACGAUCUGAAGAAAGGAAAAGCACCAGAGCAGGUCUGUAACUACAAACCGUCUACCAUUCCAUCAUCGACGCCCAGUUGCUUCCCUGCACCUUGUCACAUGAGCUUCUCAAACAUGCAGGUGGUCCUUGACGAGGCGGCGUUUCUUAUGGAUCUAGCAACAGUUGACGGCAACUGGGACGAAGUCGUGGAUCGGAUCGCCGAUUGCUACAGAGAGGCUGGGAUCCACGACAUUGCGAAGUUCAUCGCUUACAGGGAGUAGAACACCUGCAGUUGUUCGUGUUCCCUACAAGCAUGAUGCUGCUCCGAGGAAUUUUACGGCACUCGGCUUCGGAGUUUGGACUGAGAAGUGUAGUGUAGGUUUAGCUUUUAUGGGCAAGAAGAAACUAUUCCAGAGUGGAUCUUGGCGUAUCUUUGUGGUCACGUCGCACGAGCGAAAAUAAUGUCCAGUUAUUCAAUUUCUUUUUGCCAUCUAUGUGUGUAUUCAUGAUUAAUAAUAUACGAAAUAAACCUCAAAUUGUUGCAA